UAAAACGGAAUUUUACCACAGUCACACUUGUCUAUACUCGAAUGAAGAGUUUAGAAUAUAGAAUAGAUGAGUUGAUUAACUUGUAUUUGCGUGGUUCGUCUUUUAUGAGCGAUGAGGCUGUCAGCAUUGAAUUUUUAUUCGAUGCUAUAGUCUGCCUAUUUUACGAAUGUAAUCUUCCACAGCAUAAAUCUGAACGAAACUGCCAACGAUUUUCUAAUACUGUGAGGAAUUGUGUCAAAAAGAUCGAGAGCUGUCGGCUUUCGCGUUCCGAAUUCGAUACUAUUCGUUUAAUCGGUUUUGGCGCAUUUGGA